AUGUCAGAACGUAAUUUCCAAUCAAGAAGCUAUGAAAGUCGUAGUGGUGGUAAUAGUAGCAGUAUUUAUGAUCAUCCGCCACUUGAUAUUAAUCGAGAAGUUCGUACAAAUAUUCCCAUUCAACAUACACAGUCUUCACCUCAUUUGAUUAAUGUUCAACAUACACAGCCUCCACCACGUUUAAUUAAUCCUCAACAAAAGAUAUUAGAUCGAGUUCGUCAUCCUGAUACAAAUGUACAAUGGAUUAAUGAACCCGUGAGAGAUGCAUUUGGUAAUAUAUUAUCAACAAAUGACAAGUUUCGUAUUACAGUUAAUGUAGAUGGUUUUCGACAAAACGAAAUUAAUGUUCAGACUACUGGAAAUAAAGUGACUGUGACCGGUGAACAUAUUGAAAAUAGAGAUGAAGGUGUGGCAAAAAAACGUAUUGAAAAAUCCUUCGAAUUACCACGUGAUGUUGAUCCAUAUAGUUCACGUGUCACGUAUCCAUCACCGACAACAAUGUACAUUGAUUUUUCGACUCGUCAGUAUUCGGCUAUUGGUGGUGAUAAUGGUAGACAUUUGACAAAUUUUAGCGAUUCAUCACCAUAUCACCAUCAUCGUGAACCAAAAUUUACGCAGGAAAAACAUUCAAGUGAAUAUUCAAGUACAAAAAAAAUAGGUGGUACAGGUAUAGGUGAAGCAAGUUCAUAUUACAGAGAUCGAAGCUUAAGUCCAAAUGUGUCUCAUUAUCACCGUGAACCGUUUAACGAUACCAGUUCAAGAAAUUAUGGGGCAUCCAGUAGUGGCAGUAGUCAUUAUCGCGUUAAUACUGAUAAUCGUCCACACAGUGGUAGUCCUGCUCGAGGAAUUUUUGUCAAUUCAUUGUCAAAAUACGAUAAUUUACAAGGUCCAUACAAUCCUUCAAAUGUGACAUGGUCUGAUUCGAGACAAGAUAAUUAUAAUCGAUCGUCACCUUAUGUAUCGUCAAUAGCACCAAGAAUCACGACCAAAAUUCGAGACGGAUCUCGCAGUCCAUCUUACACUAUCAAUGUCUCAGCCUCGAAUCCAAGACAGAAUGUUGAAACAUUUAGCGAAACAAAACGAGAACGACAUGUUGAAAGAUCAAGUCCUACGACUGGUACAACGGCAUCACAUGAAUAUGAGCAUCAAAGAUCAGGCAGCCCAUCGACAAGACAAUAUCAUUCAAAUAUAACACCAUCUUUAUCUAUUGAUGAUGAUAAUCUAAGUCAUCGAUUUAAGACUGGUGUUAAUCUUGAUCGUUAUUCCACCACCUCCACAUCGACACCUUACUAUGAACCACCAUCUCUUAGAAACAAUAAUGAUCAUUCAUCUCGUAAUGUUGAAGUUCAUGAAUAUUCUCGACGUCUUGCAGGCAACGAACCAAUAUCAACAACACGCUUAAUCAACAAUGAUGGAUUUAAUGCUGAAGCAUUUUAUAAGAGUGCAUUUCAACCAAAAAUCUUUUAUAAUCAGCAUGGACAGCAACAAAUCGAAAUGAAAUUAGAUGCACAAAAUUAUGAACCGAAUGAAAUUAAAGUAUCAAUGAAUGGAUACGAAUUAAUUGUUCAAGCUGAACAUAGUAAUCGACGACCGCCUAAUCAAUCAUCUCGAUCCUAUUUCCAUAAACAAAUAACAUUGCCACCAGAUACCGACUUAUCAACGAUAACAUCUCGAUAUGAGCCUGAUCAAAAAUUAUACAUAACAGCAUUGCUAAAAGGUGAUAAAUUCGGUUCAAUCAAAUACAAAUGA